AUGUCUUCCCAGAUAGCCCAACAAAACGUCAAUCUGGCGGGUCUGGGCCAGCCAAGGUCACAGACCACAAGUUCCUUCUAUCCGAACUGGUCUGGUGCCGGCGAUGACCUUAUGACUCCCCUUUCCUAUGAUUCUUCCAGUGCUCGUUCGCAAAUUUUCGGGUCUGCCAACUUCCAGACUUCAUAUCAAGAUUACAGGAGCAAACCCUUGUUGUCUGAGUGUGAUACCAACCCGGAAGACUCGGCUUACGGAAGUCGUCUUACUCAUAGUAUCGGCAAUCAUUCUACAUAUGGCGAAGACCUUGAUCCCGAUAUUCAAACAUUAGAUUCGCAAAACGCCGAUACUCAGCUCGUCAACAGUAAUCUCGAAUCGCUCCAACUCCAAUGCCGGACUGCUGGCAACGACUCACAGCAGUAUCAGGAGCAAUGGGCUCGUCCUCGUCGUCCUGCAAGCGUGGCUGCAACACCAACAAGCGGAGAAAAACGAUGGGGCUGCAGAGAGUGCCAGCAGUCAUGCCAAAGCAUGAAUUGA